GAGCAGCACUUCCGGUUGUAUAUAACUCCUAAGCAUGGCUGAUGCUGGUUGGUGAUCGUCGAGCAAGCGGCGUAAAUUAAAACAUGUUCGACAAAUUGACAUGGAUUAAUUCUCCUCGCAGUCUGCUGAUUUAAAAUUCACGUUGGCAAAGCACAGCAGAUUCAUAACUGAAGCAGGGGAACCCAAUUAUGUCUCCCUUGGACAGGGAGCCUAAUGGAGAUGGUACACCUCCUCUUGGUUAUUUUUACCCUAGCAAGUGUAUGCCAGCUCCAGCCAAGACAACCAGAGAGCCAGCAGCAAUAUCACAACCAGUACUACCUGCAGUUGUCAGGAGAACAGAAGCAACGGCCACCGCAGGAGCAGACAUUGUCACUGCUGCAGUCUAGUUUGCACAUCCACUGCUUCACCACAGCAGCCAUGCAUGGCAUAAAAGCAUCUUAGCACUACAAUGAUAUUGAGCUGUUGCUUAGAUGUCAUUGUGGUCACUUUACUCCCAUAGUGUGCCUUUUACAUCCCCGCAAGUAAAUAUAUAAAUUUAUGUAUAUAUAUAAUACACAUAUAUAUAUAAAUAUAUGUAUAUAUAAAUAUAUGUGUAAAAAUAUAUAUUUCUAUAUAUCUAAAAGAAAUGCCUCUCUCUCUCUUUCUCUCUCUUACCCUAUAUAAAUAAAUAUUUACGUAUAUACUUAUAUAUAUUAUAUAUAUCUAUAUAUGAAAUAAUCUCCAUCCAUCCAUCCACACAAUUACUUUCAGAGCAUCCUUUCUUUACUUUUUUUUUCUUAUACAAGGUUCAUAAUAUUAAUUUGGUAUGUCUAAGUCACAGUGUGUGUGUAUGUAUAUGUGUAUAUAUGUGUAUGCAUAAUUGUCAUUAUCAACCGAAAAUAUGGCAAACUUACAUCAGCAUCAUCAGCAUUUACCAUUUCCCCCUGAAACUAAGAUCCCUUCCGAUAUCACCGGCACCCCAAAUCUAGGCACCAUUACUGCUGCUACUACUACAAUUACGACGACGACAACUACUACUGCUGCUAUGUCAGUAGCAGCAACAACUGGUACCAUAUGUACAGCUGCAGCUGGUACUCUCAGCACAACUGCGACUACUGCCAUUACAGCUCCUACUACUACUACUACUACUGUCACCAGUGGGAAACAGCAAACCUCUAUUUUUCCUGUUGACCACAAUUUUUAUUCGGAACCACAAAACUGCUGGGACAGUAUUGAACGGUUCAAAGAAAUGCAGACAAAUUUCAAUGAGGCUGGUACCUGUUUGGUUGAUGCAUUUGCCAACUCACUCAAAAACACGACAUACGAACACUUUAGCCAUGACUGCAGCAUGGUCCUUGGUGACAUCUUUAACAAUAAUACUCUUCUUCUAACGCAAAUUAACGAACUGGAAAGCCUGCUGGGCAGUCUGUUAACCAACAUCAGUGUAUUAAAUAAAGAUGAGUACCAAAAUUCUCAAAACCAGACAAUGGCAAAGUGUGUUGUCCUCUUUCUGAAGAUUCAAUAUGAUUACCAUAGACAUUGCUCUGAAGCUAUUGCAGCUUUUCUUCAAAGAAUAACCCAGCAAACAAAUCCCGAUGUACUUUCUUUGCUAGUUGCUCUCAAUCUGACAGCAGUUAAGUUUCCUCAGAGCAGCACUGGCACUGCCAUACCUUUAUCUCAAAUGAAAAAUACCACUGCAGACAAGUCAAAAACUGUUCUUCAAACAUCAGAGAUGUCAGCAGCUCCCCCUCUGCAAUGUCUGGGAAACAUUGCAAAUCUACAGAAUUCUGGGUCAGUAAUGAAGAGCCAUGAAGUGCUGGAAGCUGUACAGCAGCACCCUUCAUCUUGUCCAGCUCUGCCUUAUCCUUCUUGUCCAUCAAUUUCUCCAUAUCCUCCAUCAUCAUCAUCGUCUUCCUCAUCUUCUGUGUUCACUACCCCAUCACUGUCAUCUUCCACAGAUUUGGCAUUUUCUCUCUUUACCAAGACUAACAGUUUGUAUGCCCCUAUCGGUGCGGCUGCUGGCCAGUCCCCACAGCUUAGUAGUAAUAACCCCAUAUUGACUCCGGUUGUCAACCAAACUGCUGCUACUCAAACAACCACAACUGCUGCUGCAGCAGCAGCACAAUGUCCAGAUCCAGGAGCCCCCUGGCCCAAACUUAAUACAAAGCCAACCAUCAGGGCUAUUGGAAAGAAUGAAAAGGGUGCAACUGCUUACACAAAGUCUUCUUCUACAAAAUCUAAUAGCCAGAUUGCUUCAGAAGAAGAAUUGGACAGUGUUAUCAAUCUGUUGUCUGGUAGCGUAAACCUGUCCCAGCAACCAACAAUGCAUGUACCAAACCAACUACAGCUGUCUCCUUUACAUCAAUCUUCCACUACGGGAACGAGUAACUCUAUGUUUAGCUCUUUGGUCAGCUCCCCUGAUAUGGACGAUCCCCAAAAAUUUUACAAAGGCAACAACGCCCAUCGGCGUUCUGAGGGCUCUUUGGAUUUAUCUGGAAUGGCAAGUUUAGUCGGUGGCAGUAACAAUGGUUGUAUAGGUGGUGGUGGUGGUAGUGGUGGUGGUGGUAGUAGUGGUGGUGGUGGUGGUAAUGGUGGAGGUGGUGGUGGUGGUGUCAGAAGUGGUGGACGAAAUACUUGGCCACAUCCUGGUUACCACCAUCGCUCAAGUUUGCCAGCUGGCCCGUUGGGCUCCCAAAAUCCUCUGAACUACGAGCAACGUGAGGAUUAUUCUCGGAUGCUUCAUUCAAACAAUUCUUUGGAUCAACGUAACCACAUAAAUGAUGUUUACCUUCCGCCAGUCAGCCAGUCACAGGAGGUUCGAUCAGGACUUUAUUCAUUGCCUGGUAGCAGUCAUUUUAUAUCCAAUCCAGAUUGGACGUUUCCUGACACAAAACUCAACAGAACUUGGCCAGUGUCAAGUAUUAGUACUGGAGGCGGGUCAGAUACAAUGAACAGCAGCUGGUCUGGUGUCCAAGACUCCAGUGAUUUUAGUGAUGAUUCAUCAAGUGGGGAGCAGUUCUUUGCUGUUGGUCUUCACCUGGUUAAUGCCAUUGAUUCUAAAGACACCAGCAGUGAUGAAGAUGAUGUUCCUGCCCAAAAAGAAGGCCUCUUGAGGGCUCCCAUGGCAAGUCAAAGCAUGGACAAUCUCUAUGAUUGUAAAUCAACAUAUACUUGGCCACCGAAGCACCCAUGGGCACGCCGCAGCAACCUAGUCCAUAAUUCACCAGAACUUGACUGUUCGGAAUCUACCCAAUCAAUAAGUGGUACACCUAGUGUAGGGCCGCCAAUUCAUUCAUGUGGGCCAUGGUCAGCUGACCCACUUCACCUUCCUAGAAAUAUGUGGCCCACAGGAAUACCCUCCCACACACCGAACCAGAAUUCAGGUCAUCAAGGCUAUGGUGCUUUACAUUUGGCUAAUCGAGAAUAGAUGUUGGAUGUAUACAGAAUCAAUUAUCUUGUCCCAUUACCUUCCUGCCCCCUACCUCUCUCUCCUCCUCCUCCCAUCCAUCCAAUUAGCAAGCAGACAUUCUCCUCUCUGCCUCUAUUAAUUUGUUAAAUACAUUUCCAAAGAUUUAUUUUUAUAUACAUACACAUAUAAAUCUACAAGUGCACACACAUUUUUUUUUACACCUACAGUACCAAUGGUCAAUACACACACACACCAAUUUUGUUUUUAAUGAAACAAGCUAACAGAAAGGCUCUUCAACACAUUUAUACCCAAAUCCACACACACACACACACACACACUUCAAGCAUACCCCAAUCCUUUAAACUAUAAACAUUUCUAAUGGCUAUAAUAAACCUGUCGUUUGGGUAAGUUGUAUGUAAUCAUUGAAUGAAAGAAUUUCGCCAUUAGUCAGUUCACUGGUGGAAAAUUUUUGGUAUUUAAGCCUACAGAUGAAAUUUGUUUGUCUGUUUUUGUUAUUUAUUUGUUUUGUUUAUUCUCUUGGUCAUUUAAACCUUUGUUUGAUGUUAUCACUGACUAGUCAUAGUAAUCUAACUCUGUUUUGUUUUUUGUUUUUCUUUUUUAAUGUAGUUUUGUUAAUCUUAUUGAAAAUAUGUACCCACGUGUGCAUAUACACAUAUACAGUGACACAAAUAUUUUAAUUAAUGUCAUUAAUCCUUUUCAUAUGAGUCUGCCUGACACCAUCCCUGGUUCUACGGUAUAAGCUUCCUGUUUCAAAAGUGAGCUAAUGUUCGAAACACUAGUUGAAUAAUGACUAUUAUUUAUAUACUAAAGUCUUCGUUAUAUUUCAAUAUUAAUUGAAAUGAAAGUAGCUUAAUUCAACAGAAAUCUGGUAACAAAAGGGUAUAACUUGUUAAUGUACAUUUGCAACAUACUCAAAUAUAUAUACAUGGAGUCUUUCUUUUAUUAUUUUUGCAAUUGGAACAGAAAGACAAUAGCUUGGAGAUACUCCUCAGAUAUUUUUCGAUGCAGUAAUGGUUUUUCAUUCAUUCUGUCGUAACAUCUGUCACAAAUUCUUCACUCUGGCGCUCUACAUCCUCAUAUACAUUAGAAGCCGUUUUGUUUUACAUUAAUUUUUAAAUAUUUGAGAUAAAUACCCUGCUUUUCAUUAUGCUUUUCUUUUCUUGAUCUUUGAUCACUUUUUGUCUUAAAACCUCUUUUUGUGUAGUUUUUUAAGGAUAUGUGAAAGAAAACUUGCUGACAAGGAAACUUUGGUUUCAAUUCUCUUCAAAAUAAACUUUUGAAUAAUUUCUUAAUAUGACCAUUCAGUUUUAGCAAGAGAUGAUACAAGCUGGCAGCAUUUUUCUUUUAAUUAAAACGUCAACUGUCAGUAGGUUAUCUUGACAAACAAUAAACUUCUGAAGAGAACAAAAAAUCCUUACAAUUGUGAUUUAUUUAGGAACUUAAUCACAUUACCAGCUGUUGGCACUGUAUUACUUUAUAUUUUACUAUUUUAACAUUAUUUCUUUUUGCACUGCACAUGGAUUUAUUGGGCAAAAACAGCUUUGGCCUCUCUGAAACAAGGAUUAUUUACUAUUUUGUCAUACUAUAUCAUAAAAUAUUCCCUAGCAAACAGACUUGUAUUUCCCAUUUUUCAUGGCUUAUACUUUGUAUCAUACACAGUGAGGAGUGUUUUAACAAGCUUUUUGCUUUUUUUACAUUUUUCUCUUUUUUUUUUUUCUUUUUUUUGCUAUAAUCUAAUGAUAGUGUUUGAGUGUAGUCCUUUUCAUAUUCACAAUUAUUGCCUGCAAAAAUAAAUCCUAAUUCUAAAAGGCUCAUAUUGGUUGCUUUCUGUAUCCACCCUGUUAAUGUCAAGGUUAGAAUGAACUCCAUAUCCUGAUUCUUAACAAAAAAAACUACGUAAUAAUUUAAUUACGCCAUACUUAUAUAUAUAUAUUUAUAUUUAAUUGGGUAUUUGCUUGCUUCUUUGUUUUCAUUAUGUGGCAGAAGGAUGCAUGCAACCUUUUGUGUGUUAUUUCAGCCUUUUCUGAUGAUAUGAUAUCAAAGAAAAUUUUUAUUUAGAAAGAUCGUUUCAUGUGUGUGUGUGUAUCACAUGACUGACCAGAGUAUAUCAGAUGUUGUUACACAUCACUGGUCACAGUGUACUUUGCAUCAUUUUAGCCUUCCAAUGGUGCCACCCCACUGGCUAGGCAAGUGGGCCAACAUUCCCUCCUGAUCAAAAGGGGCACUAGAGCAACAUGAAAUGAUGUGUUUUGCUCAACAGUACAAUGUACCACCAGUCUGGGAAACAAACUCACGAUCUCGUGAGCAUGAGGGCAACAGCUUACCACAUGCCCCUUCACUAUGGAAUAAACAUUUUUGGUAGUGUACAGAAUAGUAUAUUGGUAAAGUUAGAUGGAAAGGUAGAAUUUUCCUUUGUUUAUUCAUACAUGCAAGGAAAUGGAAUGAAAUAAAGUAGAGUAUUUACAUUAUUACAUUUAAGAAUUUUUCAGAAAAUUAUUAGCUAUAAUAAGGUAAACAUUCUACUAUGUUUUAUUUCAUUUGAAAAUUUGAAGUUUUUCUGUAUCAGAAUAUAAUAACUCAGCGAACAAUUCCAUCAUUUCUUCUGACUAAUCUUAUUAUUAUUACUAAUAUAUAUAUUCUUUUAUUUAUUUCAGUCAUUUGACUGUGGCCAUGCUGGAGCACUGCCUUAAAGGGUUUUAGUCAAAGAAACCGACCCCAA